GCGAUCAGGUGCGCGGGUGCAGAGUGCGCGACAGAGUGCUAUGCGGACGUCGGGCGACAAGGCCGACGCGGGAGCACAGCGAUAGAGCGAGACGAGGCCGCGGCGACGGCGGCGAUGAUCACCUAGGGACGCCGGCAGCCAGGCUCACCGACAUGCGAAAGCAGGAGGAGGCCGCGGCGGGCGAGCGACUGUGAUAUGCAAAAGAGAGAUGCGUCGCGGCGACAUCGCGCUUGCCGCGAUUGCUGCCCUCCUCGUACUCGGCCAGUUGCAACCAAGGAUGGUCGGCGCCGUGGUGGUAGGAGCAGCGCUGUGCGCUCGCAUUCCAGGCCUGGGCAAGAAUCAACGAGAGCUGUGUAGAAAAGCGCCACACGCCAUGCCAGCGGUGGGCGAAGGAGCGGAACUGGGCCUCAAAGAGUGUCGCCAUCAGUUCCGGCAUCACCGAUGGAACUGUUCGCACGUGGUCGACAAUCAAAUCUUCGGCCACGUCGUCGUUGUCGGAAGCAGAGAGGCGGCCUUCACUUACGCGAUAAGUUCAGCUGGGAUCACGUAUGCGGUGACGGCGGCCUGCAGUCGGGGCAACAUCACGGCCUGCGGCUGCGAGCCAACAAUACGAACGCGGAAGGAGACACCGCCGAACGGCUGGGAAUGGGGAGGCUGCAGCGCCGACGUCACUUACGGAAUGAGGUUCGCGCGUAGGUUUCUGGACGUGAGGGAGAUCGAAGGCGACGAGCGCAGUCUCAUGAACCUCCACAACAAUAAGGCCGGCAGAAAGAUAGUGAAAUCGCUGCUGCAGACGGAGUGCAAAUGCCACGGGGUAUCCGGCUCCUGCACCGUGAGAACCUGCUGGCGAACUCUGCCGAGCUUUCGACAGAUCGGCGACGCGCUCAUGAAGAAGUAUUACAGGGCGAGGCCGGUCAUCGCCAUCACGCCACCGCCACCACCUACGAUACAGAGCACGGAGGCGCUGAUACGUUCCUCGGAGGUGUCUCCGAUCCUCGGCAACGACGCCAAAACGCAGGGUCUGCCGACCGAGUAUCCAAAAGGACCAUCCUCGCGACUGGUGGAAAGUCGAAGUUGGGCGCUGAAGAGGUCAGGCGCUGGCAGUGGCAGUGCGACGACGACGUGGCAGCAGCAGCAGCAACAGCAGCAGCAGCAGCCGCAGCCGCGAAGGCCACAUCUCGUGCUCAAAAGAGCAAAGCUUGGCUCCGGACCCGGUGGCAUCAGUCAGAAACGGAUACCCAAGCGAAGCGAACUCGUAUUCCUUCAGCCGUCGCCCAACUACUGCGAGCCCGACCUCGCACAAGGCAGUCUCGGUACUCAGGGUCGAUACUGCAAUCGCACCAGUAGAGGUACAGACGGUUGUGAUUUGAUGUGCUGCGGACGUGGCUACAAUACUCAUCAGUUCACCAAGACUUGGCAGUGCGGGUGCAAGUUCCACUGGUGUUGCAAGGUUCACUGCGAGACGUGCACCGAGCGCACCGAAGAAUACACCUGCAAGUGAUGUGUGUGUUUUGGUUUUUCAGUGGGUGCGAAAAACUGCAUACUAACCAAUUGAUAAACAAAGACUAUCCAAGUAGAAUUAUUUCAUAGAGUGUAUUUUUACGAUCAUGCAUUUAAAUUAUUUAUUUUUCAAUAGUUUUAAGUGCGUAUCGAUGUAAAACUGUAUCCCUUCUUCUCCAUGAGAGAAUAUGACAUUUCUAAGAAUCCUGUAAUUAUAUCGAAAAUAGAUUAAUCAUA